AUGUCUGCAACUCAGCUACUGAACCCAAAGGCGGAGUCCCGGCGGAGAGGAGAGGCCCUGAAGGUCAACAUCGGUGCUGGAGAGGGUCUUCAAGAUGUCCUCAAGUCCAAUCUUGGUCCCUCAGGAACUCUGAAGAUGCUGGUGGACGGUUCUGGCGGAAUCAAGUUGACAAAGGAUGGAAAUGUUUUGCUUCGUGAAAUGCAAAUUCAAAACCCCACAGCUGUUAUGAUUGCCCGUGCAGCAACCGCACAAGAUGAUAUCACUGGUGAUGGAACAACAUCGGUCGUGCUCUCCGUAGGAGAGCUCCUGAAGCAGGCAGACCGUUUCAUUUCGGAGGGUCUGCACCCCCGAGUGAUCACCGAUGGUUAUGAGAUUGCGAAGACAGAGGCUUUGAAGUACCUCGACGAAUUCAAGCUCGAGCGCACCAUUGACCGAGAGCUCCUCCUCUCCGUCGCUCGCACCUCUCUUUCCACCAAGCUGAACAACGCCCUCGCCGAGAAGUUGACCCCUGACAUUGUCGAUGCCGUGCUUGCCAUCCACCGCGCCCCAGAGAAGCCCGAUUUGCACAUGGUUGAGAUCAUGACUAUGCAACACCGCACAUCCUCGGACACCCAGCUCAUCCGUGGUCUGGCUUUGGAUCACGGUGCCCGCCACCCCGACAUGCCUAAGCGGGUGGAGAACGCCUUCAUUUUAACCUUGAACGUCAGCCUGGAGUACGAGAAGUCUGAGAUCAACUCAGGCUUCUACUACUCUACUGCCGAGCAGCGGGACAAGUUGGUGGAGAGCGAACGCAAGUUCGUCGAUGCGAAGCUGCAGAAGAUUGUGGAUCUCAAGAAGCAGGUCUGCGGCAAUGACCCGAAGAAGGGAUUCGUUGUGAUCAAUCAGAAGGGUAUCGACCCUCUUAGCUUGGACAUCCUUGUCAAGAACGGCAUUAUGGCUCUUCGCCGAGCCAAGCGGAGAAACAUGGAGCGUCUGCAGCUGGUUUGCGGUGGUAUUGCCCAGAACAGCGUGGAGGACAUGACUCCCGAUGUCCUCGGCUGGGCCGGUCUAGUCUACGAGCACCAGCUCGGCGAGGAGAAGUACACUUUUGUUGAGGAGGUCAAGGACCCUAAGUCCGUGACCAUUCUCAUCAAGGGUCCCAACCCACACACCAUCGCUCAGGUCAAGGAUGCUGUUCGUGACGGCCUGCGCUCUGUCUACAACACCAUUGUUGACGGUUGUGUUAUCCCCGGUGCUGGUGCCUUCCAGGUUGCCUGCGCCACUCACCUCAAGUCCGAUGCCUUCCGGAAGACAGUUAAGGGCAAGGCCAAGUAUGGUGUUGAUGCCUUCGCCGAUGCUCUCCUGAUCAUUCCCAAGACUCUGGCUGCCAACUCUGGUCAUGAUAUCCAGGAUUCUCUGGCCGCUCUGCAGGGAGAGUGUGAUGAUGGUAACAUUGUUGGCCUAGACUUGAACACUGGUGAGCCGAUGGACCCUGUGCAGCAGGGUGUCUUUGACUCUUACCGAGUUCUGCGAAACUGUGUCGCCUCCAGCACUGGCAUUGCUGCCAACCUCCUUCUCUGUGACGAGUUGUUGAAGGCCCGACAAAUGAGCAAGCCCAGUGGACCUGGCCCUCAGGAGGAGUAA